ACGGCCGCCGCUCCUUCAAUGAACUGACGGACCCAAUCCAUUCCUCCGGCCCGCACAGUCCCGAUCAUCCCCCCCUACUUAUUAAUACCGACCUGAGAAGCUAGCCCACAUGGUACCAUACCACCACCACGCCACAUCAAAGCAAACGCCAACCCAGAAACAUGGCCAUGGCCGGCACCCGCCGCGUCGCGGCCUUCCUCCUCCUGCUCGGCCUCGCGUCCACCACCGUCCUAGCCGCGCGCGACGUCGCCACGCAGCUCAAGACCGCCACCCCAGCCGGCAAGAAGCCCAAGCCAUACGCCCCACCGGCCACCAAGCCCGGCUCCGGCUCCGGCGGUGGAAGCGGCGGCGUUGGCAUCCCUACAAUCCCGGGCUUCGGCAGCAUCCCCGGGAUGGGCGGCGACGGGUUCAACGUGCCCGGGAUAGGGGGCGGGUGGGGCGGGGGCUACGGCGGCCCCGCAGGAAGGUACUCGCGCGGCGGCGUGGCGAACCCCACGGUGGUGUGCUCGGAGAAGGGGCCCUGCUACAAGAAGAAGGUGACGUGCCCCAAGAAGUGCUUCGCUUCCUACAGCGGCUCCGGCAAGGGGUACGGCGGCGGCGGAGGCGGAGGCGGGUGCACCGUCGACUGCAAGACCAAGUGCAUUGCCUACUGUUGAGUGCUGAUCGAUCAAACAUAUCGAGUUUGAUCGGGCCGGCGGUGAGUGAGGGUGAGUACGCGCGCGCCGGAGUAUAUGCAGGGGAUGGGAGCUACUCCAGAUAGUAAGAUUAUACGGUGGUUUAAGAAUUAACAUGUAUCUUUCCCGGAAGUUGAUUAGCUGUUGCAGAGUGCGUUAUUGCUUCUACUGUUAAGUUUUAAGUUAGCUGGCAAUACUGUGGUCUUGUUGUGUACUUGUGUGUGUGUGUGUGUGUAUGUGUGUGUGUGUGUGUGUGUGUGAAUCGAUCUGUACGAAAACUAUGAACCCAACAAAGAGAGACAUAUGAACUUUGGGUGUAUGGUAUGUUCGAAGGAGCUUGCUCAGGCCUCAAGCUGGAGCAGCAUUCUGCUUCA